CCACGUUCGAGAGAGGACCCCGUCCUUCUGACGUUGUCGGCGCGACGGACAUGGCGCUGAUCCGCGGAGCGCGAGGUUUUUCCGUCGUCCGCGCGCUGUCUCGAGCCCGGCACCAGAGCAACGGCCGGGAGUGUGAAAUUUCCAAGCUCCAGUAUUCGGUCUUUUUGAAUCGCAAUCAAUACACAAUUGCCCCCACUAGUUCCCGCUGCUGGCGCCUUUACAGCACGCAGACAGCACAGAGUCCGGAGGAAGAGUCAUUGCAUAAUAUCAUCUCUAACUCUGAGACUGUGAAAGGUUCUUUUUCCAAAUAUGAGUUUCAGGCAGAAACAAAGAAGCUUCUGGAUAUUGUUGCCCGGUCCUUGUACUCUGAAAAGGAGGUAUUUAUUCGUGAGCUGAUAUCCAAUGGAAGUGAUGCCCUUGAAAAGCUACGUCAUAAACUGGUGAGCAGUGCCCAGGACCAUACACCACUGGAACUUCAUCUACAGAGUGAUACAGAGAAGGGUACCUUAACCAUCCAGGACACUGGCAUAGGGAUGACCAGGGAGGAACUAACUGAGAAUCUUGGAACCAUCGCACGUUCUGGAUCCAAGGCUUUCUUGGAGGCCUUGCAGAACCAAGCAGAGGCUAGCACUGGGAUCAUCGGACAGUUUGGGGUUGGAUUCUACUCUGUGUUCAUGGUGGCUGAUAAAGUGGAGGUGUACACACAGGCAGCAGAGAAUGACAGCACAGCAUAUAAAUGGGCUUCUGAUGGCUCUGGGAUGUAUGAAAUUGCUGAAGCCACUGGGGUGAAGCCAGGAACCAAGAUUGUUAUUCACUUGAAGAAAGAUUGCCAAGAGUUUGCAAGUGAAGAUCGGGUUAGAGGUGAGAAGUAAAAAAAUACUA